ACUGUCAUUUUCAGAAAUCUGAAUUUCUAAGAAUUUCUUAUUUACGAGGUAAUGCUAAAUGGCCUAUGCGGUGUUUUGAUUAUCGAAAAUUACCCAGAACGAAUUUUUUUCCUGAUCGGCAUCGUUACGAUUGUUUGAUAAUUGAUAAUGUGUGUUUCAGUUAAUGUUAUCUCUAGAUGUUGAUCGAAUUUUGAAAUGGUUUAUUAUUGUUACGUUUGAUAAACUUAUCAGUAUUAGGCGUCGCCUAUUGUAACUUUAUUCUUUUACGUGGCUGCUCGCCGGUUGUAGACGUGUAUUUCUGGUCGAUUAGUUAAAUAAAACAUUUAAACUUUAAAAUGUCUGGAGAGUCUUCAAAUGCCGAUGUAAACGAAAAAGUAGCAUUUAUAACCGGUAUCACUGGGCAGGAUGGAUCUUACUUAGCCGAGUUUUUGAUAGAAAAAGGCUAUGAAGUACAUGGCUUGCUUCGACGGUCAUCAUCAUUCAACACAGGCCGCAUUCAGCAUUUAUAUGAGAAGCCAGCAUGCCAUGCCGGUGGUCGGAUGCACUUACACUAUGGAGAUUUGACUGAUACUACAUGUUUAAUUAGCAUCAUAUCGAGGGUGAAACCCAAGGAGAUAUAUAACCUCGGUGCACAAUCGCACGUGAAAGUUUCAUUCGAAAUAAGCGAGUAUACAGCUCAGGUUGAUGGUCUUGGUACCCUGCGGCUUCUAGAGGCUGUGCGGGUGGCUGGGCUGGAGAAAAAGACAAAAAUAUACCAAGCGUCCACUUCGGAGCUGUAUGGGAAAGUUGUGGAAGUGCCGCAAAAUGAAAAGACUCCUUUUUAUCCUAGAUCGCCGUAUGCAUGCGCAAAGUUAUACGGCUAUUGGAUAUUGGUGAACUACCGAGAGGCAUACGGAAUGUUCGCCUGCAAUGGUCUUCUGUUCAACCACGAGAGCCCGAGGCGGGGCGAGAACUUCGUCACCAGGAAGAUAACGAGGGGCGUGGCCAAGAUACAGCUGGGUCUACUGGAUUGCUUGGAACUGGGCAAUCUGGACAGUAAACGGGACUGGGGACACGCUAAGGACUAUGUUAAGGCAAUGUGGCUGAUGCUGCAACAAGACGAGCCCGAGGACUUCGUGGUGGCAAUGGGAGAAGCCCACAGUGUCCGCGAGUUCGUCGAGAAGGCGUUCGGCUAUGUUGGGAGGAAGGUGGAGUGGAGGGGGAGUGGAGUGGACGAGACCGGACAUGACGCCAGCACUGGGCAGGUGCUCGUGCGGGUGAACCCUAAGUACUUCCGGCCAACAGAAGUGGAUUUACUAUUAGGUGAUGCGACCAAAGCGAAACAGAAACUCGGCUGGUCUCCGCGAAUAACGUUUGAUGAACUUGUAGUAGACAUGAUGGAAGCCGACCUUGCACUUAUGAAGAAAAACCCCCAAGCAUAAUGCAUAUGCACCUUUAUGCUAGACAUGUGUAGAUAAAUUAUAAUAUACUGAAUUGUAUACUUUUUAAAUGGACACAUCACAAAGUGCGAAUGAUAAAUUUUUAUUUGCUGUAUAUGGCGAUUAGACGUAUUUUUGAAUGUUUACAAAUUAAGUUUGCCAUUUCCUAAAUUAUGUUUAGUUCAUUUUGAAUUUACCAAAUUCUUGUAUACAAUAUUUUGUGGUUAUCUGUGGUUGAAAUAACAACACUGCUAGAUGCUGAGUGACAAUACCUCGCUUUUUAAAAAAUAAUAAGAUAUAACAAAGGCCAGUACCGAUUAAGGUAAAGGUUUACUUAUUUAUAUUUAAGGAUCCAACAGGAUUCCAGGGACGUCUUAAAUUAGAACUAAUUCCAGUGUGGGAAAGAGAUGAUGUUAGACCACCUACAUAAUCUUUUUCCGACACUGAAGUUAGUAAUACUGCUUUAAUAUGUCCCGUCACGGUAAUUCCACAGGACAUAUUUCAAUAAUAAUACGAUAGUAUAAAUAAACAAAUGAAAUAAAUAAAUGAAGCUUUUUUUAUAUUUUGUAACAUAAAAGUUAAAGUCAAAUCACUCAAAAGCUCGCGUAACGCGCGUGAGUGAAUUCGACGUGACUAUAACUCAUUUCAUCUCACUUACUCGUUAGCAAUGAAUGUCAUGCUAUCUCGCUUGCACUUAUUACAUCUGUAUUGCAAGCGAUUCCUACAAAAAAAUCUAUUAUCUGGAAAUAUCAUUGCCUUGCAAUAACCUCUUAGGUAUUGUUAUUAUUAAGAAAUUAUUUUAUUCUAAGUUUGAUUUUGUAUUAAUCGGUUAAGAGUUAUUUUAUGUUUGUAUAAUAAUAAUUUGUUUCAGAAAUCUUUUCUAUACAUGCUGUUAUUUUAUUACAAAAAUUUUAUGUGUUUUUAAUAUUUUAAUCCUUUACAUCCUUGAUUAUUUAUUGCGUUAAACUCAUUAAAAUUGCUACUACUUAAAUAGUGAACAUUCUAUUUUGUGGAAAAAAUAACAACUUGAUGGCAUUGAGUAACAAAUUAUAUAUAGUAAGUUUGCACAAAUAACUUAAUAUACUAUUAAGCUUUCACUAAUUGAUACUACAAAUAUUUGUAUAUAUCUAUGAAUUUGAUUGCAGUUAAACGAUUUUUACCAAGUUUCAUAUAAACAUUCCAAUUGCAUUAUUGUAAAAGGGUAAGGUAUUGCAUUGUUAAAUAUAAUGUAUUUUAUAUUUAUCAUAAAAUAAACAAUAUUUUUAUACAAAAACGACUGCUGAUGUAAUGUUUGUAAGCCAUAACUAUUUGUAUUGUUAAUUUGUUAGGUUAUUUUAUAGGAAAUAAAAAGUA